ACCUCCAUAUCAAGCCUUGAGGUUGCCAUAUCUCGGCUAAGGAUAGUUAGCUGAACAACGUUUUACGCGGGUGUUCGUUUAACCCUUAAUCAUGAGUAGCCAACCGCCAGUUCAGGGCGGUCUCGCAAGAGAUGUCGAGGCUGGUUUGAAUGAAGAACACUUGAAAACCGAGCCUGGCGGAGCUAUUCUUGCGGAUCACGAUCAUGGCGACCGCAGCGAUGCUGAGCUAUCUCCUCCGAGGGACGACCAGGAUGGUACUAAGAAUACUAGCCAACCACUCAUGAGCGGAUGGCCAUUCUACGUAUUGAUAUCUUCCGUUACUUUGGGCGUUCUCCUCAUAGCGUUCAAUGCCACUGCCCUAGGAACUGCAAUCCCCGCGAUCACAAACGAGUUCAAUACCGUGAACGAUGUUGGAUGGUAUUCUUCGGCGUACUUGAUAGCCAACUGUGUUAUGGUGCCUUUUGUCGGAAAAUUGUACAGAACCUUCCGAAUCAAGGUCGUGUUCAUUACCUUCAUAGUCAUCUUCGAGCUCGGUUCCUUGAUCGCAGCGCUAUCGACGUCUUCCAUGAUGCUUAUCAUCGCGAGAGCGAUAAGCGGAAUAGGGGGUUCCGGUAUCCUAAACGGCGGAUCCACCAUCGUCGCCGCUACCGUCCCAAUAGCGAGCCGCUCUUUUCUGAACGGCAUCAUACUCGGCUGCUUCGCGGUCGGUCAGGCAGCUGGUCCCUUAAUCGGCGGCGCCUUGACGCAGGGGAUAACGUGGCGCUGGUGCUUUUACAUAAACCUACCGGUAGGAGGCUUGGUCGUUUUCCUGUUCGUAUUCGUGGUGAGGUUACCAGUGUCGAGGCUUUCCGAAGUACGGACGUCCCUGUUGCAACGAGUUCUCGAGAUCGACUUUGGGGGGUUCAUCAUUUUUGCGGCUGCAUCCCUCAUGUUGCUGAUAGGUUUGCAAUGGGGCGGCACGGAAUACCCCUGGAACUCCCCGACAGUCAUCGGGCUCAUGUGCGGCGGAGCGGCGACCUUUGGCGUCUUAGGAUUCUGGUUCGCUUAUAAAGGGGAGGCGGCUCUGCUGCCACCUAGAUUAUUGCGUAACCGAAUCAACAUCAUGAUAACAAUCACUUCGUUCGUGCAGAGCGGCGGAGCUAUCAACGCCCUUUACUGGUUACCCGUUUGGUUCCAAGCAAUUCAAGGCGCAGACGCGUUGCGGAGCGGCAUAAUGAUCCUCCCUUUGAUAUUGUCACAACUCGUCGCGUCGGUGAUAUGCGGCGCUCUUGUCCAGAAGACCGGCUACUACUUACCCGAGGUAAUAGGAGGGAACGCUCUAGUAGCGAUCGGAGCCGGUUUAACCUCGACGUUCUCCCCGACUACCUCCUUGGGGAGCAUCAUAGGAUAUCAGAUCCUUAUGGGAGCCGGCCGAGGCUUUGUGUUACAGCUACUAGUCACCGCCAUGCAAGCCAACUGUCCUAGAGAAGACGCGUCGAUAGCGACCGGAUACGCCAUGUUCUCUCAAUUAUUAGGGGGCGCCAUCUUUUCCGCUGUCGGGAAAAGCAUAUUUACAAGCUCGAUCCCGACGGCUCUCCAGAAGUUUGCCCCGGAUAUCGAUCCAAACUUGUUGAUCAACAGCGGCGUGACGGAGAUAUCCAAAGUUGUCCCGCCAGAUCAGCUCGCAGGGGCUCUCUUGGCUUAUAACCAAGCGAUCAGCCACAUAUUUUAUCUUCAACUUGCCGCAGCAAGUUGCGCAUUUCUGAGUGGUUGGGGAAUGGGAUGGAAGAAUUUGAAAGAAAUCAAACAAGAACAAGAAAAGGAAAAGGAAGAAAAAGGCGACGCCGAGUUGACGGCAGCGAAACCCGUCGAGAAAGAAUGAGGAAGAUGGGUAAGUAUAUUGGGGCGGUAUCGUAGCCGCCUUAGAUACGAAUCGGGCCUUCAUGAACGGAAACAUGCUAUGUAGCUAUUCGUAAGGACCUAAUUUAGGUAGUCGACAGCCCCGUAAACAAUUUGGUGGGUUCUAUUAGACCCCGUUGAGCCAGCCAAGCAACCCGAUAUUUUCAACGUUGACUAUGGGCAGACGGGUUGUCGAGGAAUCUUUCGUGCCGCUUCCACGCCGCAGACGCAGACAUAUGUAUGCCUGU